UUUUAUUUAUUAAUUAAAAAUUUAUAUUGAUAACUUUGAUAACCUUUUAGAGUUAUCUAUGUUAAAGAGGUUUAGCGACUUUUGUCCUUACGAGCUAAUUGGUAAGAAGCAGGAAUUUUAUUUGUGUUUUACAUUUGAUAGUAGAGGUGUAGAGGUAUUAUUUAUAUAUACAUAAUAUAUAUAUUUCAAGAGAAUGUGUGACAAUUAUGAGGAAUAUUUAACAACCUACAUUGAAGAUUCAUCUAAAUUAGCUCUUUUGUUGGAUUACGAUGGAACCUUAACACCAAUUGUGGCUCAUCCUGAUUUAGCUACAAUACCGCCACAAACUAAAAGUGUUUUACACAGCUUAUCUUUAAUGUCUGGAAUAUUUGUAGCAAUUAUAUCUGGGAGAAAUGUAAAUAAUGUAAAAGAGAUGGUAGGAAUAGAUAAUAUUACAUAUGCAGGUAAUCAUGGAUUAGAGGUUUUGUAUCCCAAUGGAACAAGAUACGUUCAUCAGUUACCAACAGAAUUUAAUCGACAAGUUAAUGAACUUAUCCAGAAACUAGAAAACAGUGUUGUUAGAGAUGGAGCUUGGAUUGAAAAUAAAGGAGCCUCCUUAACAUUUCAUUUUAGAGCAACGCCAGAAAAUUUAAGGAAUGAAAUAGAAAAAACUGCACAAAAAAUUAUUGAAGAUGCAAAUUUUAAAGUUGGGAAAGCACACUGUGCACUUGAAGCAAGACCGAAGGUAGACUGGAAUAAAGGAAAAGUUGCAUUAUUAAUAUUAAAUAAUGAAUACGGAGAAAAUUGGUCUAAAAAUGUUAAAGUAGUAUUUGCCGGAGAUGACACAACCGAUGAAGAUGCUAUGAGAGCUUUAAAAGGUAAUGCAGCAACCUUCAGAAUAUCUUCUUCAUUAAAUGUAGAAACUUGUGCAGAAAAACUACUUUCAUCUACUGAAGCAGUACGGCAAAUGUUAAUUUAUAUAGAAAAAUUGAUGUUAAAAAAUAUAAAUUUGUCAAAAUAGAUUCAAUAUUAUAUGAAAAGACUCACUGGAGAACAAAAAAAUAGAUUUGUCAACUGUACUGUAGUUGUAGUUUAUAUUAUAGAUACCUCAUGGAGACGGUUAAUUCCAAUUUUGUUACAGAAUAUUUCAUAUUAUUUUUAAGUGCAAAGGAAAAUACAUAAUUCUUAAAU